CAACUAAAUAACUACCCCUUUGUCUGUGGUUACUCUUCCUGCAGUGCUAACUAAUUCUAUCCCCAGAAUUUCACGUGACAAACACACCCAAAUCACUCUCCAAUUAUAAUCCCUUUCCCAGAUAAGGACUCACACUGAGAGAGAGAGAGGAGCUAAAAGAGGCCUUUUUAUUGAUAAACUUGCAGCUUUAUGGCUUCAAUGACGAUCAACUCAGUGAAUUUUGGGACUGCUAAAGGUGUGAAAUUUGAGUAUGUAGGGCUGAAAGUGCAUCAGAAUGUCACUUGUGUAAAGCCUCACUCGGUCAAAUUUGCACCAAGGACCCUCACAGUGAAUGCUGCUGAGGCUCACGGUGACGGGCCGGUUAAGAAGAUGGGAAAGAGCGAUGAGGAGUGUGAGGCCGCUGUCGUUGCAGGGAAUGUUCCAGAAGCCCCCCCUGUACCCCCAAAACCAUCUGCACCGGCCGGGACCCCUCUCGUCACCCCCCUUCCGCUUAGUAAAAGACCAAGGAGGAAUCGCAGAUCACCGGUACUGAGGGCUGCAUUCCAAGAAACUAGCAUAAGCCCUGCAAACCUGGUUUAUCCACUUUUCAUUCAUGAAGGAGAAGAAGACACUCCGAUUGGAGCAAUGCCUGGAUGUUAUAGGCUUGGAUGGAGACAUGGACUUGUGGAAGAGGUUGGUAAGGCUCGAGAUGUUGGUGUUAACAGCAUCGUGCUAUUCCCAAAAGUUCCCGAUGCUUUGAAGACUUCCACAGGCAAAGAAGCUUAUAAUGACAACGGGCUGGUACCAAGAACUAUAAGACUUCUUAAAGACAAGUAUCCUGAUCUUGUUAUAUACACUGACGUUGCUUUAGAUCCGUAUUCCUCCGAUGGCCAUGAUGGCAUUGUUAGGGAAGAUGGAGUUAUCAUGAAUGAUGAAACUGUACAUCAGCUCUGUAAACAGGCUGUUUCUCAGGCCAGAGCAGGAGCAGAUGUUGUGAGCCCCAGUGAUAUGAUGGAUGGUCGUAUCGGGGCUAUUCGAGCUGCUCUGGAUGCUGAGGGAUUUCAGCACGUCUCCAUUAUGUCUUACACAGCCAAGUAUGCUAGUUCAUUUUACGGCCCAUUCCGAGAAGCUUUAGACUCAAAUCCGAGAUUCGGAGACAAAAAGACGUACCAAAUGAAUCCAGCUAACUAUAGAGAAGCCCUUAUCGAAACCCAUGAGGACGAGGCUGAAGGGGCUGAUAUCCUUCUGGUCAAGCCGGGUCUACCUUACCUCGACAUUAUACGCCUUCUGAGGGAUAACUCUUCUUUGCCCGUUGCUGCAUACCAGGUGUCGGGCGAAUACUCGAUGAUCAAGGCUGGUGGGGUUCUGAAAAUGAUAGACGAGGAGAGGGUGAUGAUGGAGUCGCUGAUGUGUCUUCGACGAGCAGGCGCGGACAUCAUCCUCACAUAUUUUGCUUUGCAAGCCGCUAGAUGCAUGUGCGGGGAGAAGAGGUGAGAUGUAACUCAACUCUCAUGUGUUGUGUGUAGAAUUUUGUCAGAAUUGGAUUCCUUCAACUAUGCAUCUUGCAGCUUUUAUUGUUAUGUAACCUUCUUAAAUUCAUUUUAUUUUUUGUUCAUUAUUUAUAUGCCUA